AUGAAGAAUCUUUUGCUUUUGUCGUCCCUCCUUGGUGGCUUCACACCCCUUACAACUGCAUUGCUCGAGAGCCGCGCUACUGGGUUCCAGCUCGUCACCAGCAAGCAGCUAGAAGGCUCUACACUCAACUCCAACUGCCAGCAGGUACUCCAGCAGACGAUUCAGUGCGAUGAAUACGUCGCCAACUUUCGGGAGAGGGGCUACUGCGGUUCUCUCGACGACUCAGCACUGACCGACAGCGUCUGCCAGGCCACAUGCGAGAGAUCUCUGCUCAACGCCAGGAGACGCCUUGCCGCCGUCUCCUCUUCAACACCUGAUCUGAUGCCCGGAUACCCCGUCGCGACGCUCAUCGAAACCACCGUUGCCGGCUGGAACGAGACAUGCCUCAAGGACAAGGACACAGGAAAGUACUGCAAUGACAUUAUCGAUGCUUUUGAGGAUUACGAGAGCCUCGAAGCCAUGCCUAACGCGCAGCUGUGCUCCUAUUGUUACGGAGCCAAAUUGCGCAUGAUGCAGCAGUCGCCGUACUCUGCAUACGAUGAGCUCUUUGCUCAGACACUUGAAACCGUCAAUAAGCGUGAGAUCAUCUAUUAUCACCAAGUCCAGAUCACGAAUGCUGACAUAUCAUAG